UACAUCCUGUUUACGUCACUGGAGAGGCUGGGAGCACGCGUGUUGCUCUGCAGGGGUAGUUCGGGACACCUUAAGGUUUUGCUGUUUCUGUGUCUGGAGAGAGAAAAGCGAAAAUGCCGAAGGUCAAGGCAGAGAAGAGAAGCAGGCAGCACCAGGAAGUGAAGAACCAAGGUAUCAUGUUCAACACCGGCAUCGGCCAGCACAUCCUGAAGAACCCUCUGGUGGUUAACGGAAUCAUCGAGAAGGCUGCCCUAAGACCGACCGAUGUGGUUCUGGAAGUGGGACCUGGAACCGGUAACAUGACUGUUAAGCUCCUUGAGAAAGCCAAAAAGGUUGUCGCCUGUGAAUUGGACUGCAGGUUGGUGGCAGAACUUCAGAAGAGAGUACAGUGCACACCCAUGCAGACCAAACUCCAGAUUUUAGUUGGAGAUGUGCUAAAAACAGCUCUCCCUUUCUUUGACGUUUGUGUAGCAAAUUUGCCAUAUCAGAUUUCAUCACCCUUUGUCUUCAAGUUGCUGCUACACAGGCCUUUCUUCCGGUGUGCAGUGUUGAUGUUCCAAAGGGAGUUUGCCAUGCGAUUGGUUGCCAAGCCUGGAGACAAGUUGUAUUGCAGACUUUCCAUCAAUACACAGCUUCUUGCCCGUGUAGACCAUCUCAUGAAGGUGGGGAAGAACAACUUCCGCCCUCCUCCCAAAGUAGAGUCAAGUGUUGUUAGAAUAGAACCCAAGAACCCGCCCCCUCCUAUCAACUUCCAGGAGUGGGACGGACUGGUGAGGAUCGCCUUUGUGAGGAAAAAUAAAACGCUCAAUGCAGCUUUUAAGUCCACCGCGGUUGAGCAGCUGUUGGAGAAGAACUAUAAAAUACACUGCUCCGUACACAAUGUGGAAAUCCCAGAAGACUUCAGCAUCACCAAGAAGAUUGAAAGUGUUCUGCAGGAGGUAGACUUCAGUGAGAAGAGAGCCAGGUCCAUGGAUAUUGAUGACUUCAUAGUGCUGCUCCAUGCGUUCAACUCUGCAGGGAUCCACUUCUCCUAAAUGGCUGCAGGAACUUGGUCCAAUGCCAUAUCAUCAUAUUGCCCAUUAGUCGAAGUCACAUCCCCCCAUGAGGGGGAAGUGAGGGACAGAUACUGACUGUUGGCUUGGAGGGAGGAAUGUAACGCGUUACUCUGACCAAACGUUGUGCCUUGUGGGGAGACUCAAAUGAAAACUUUAAUGAAACGGACCAAGUCAGUUAUGACAAGUGUAAGGCACUCAGUACACAAAGUUCAAUCUUAAGUGUAGGUUAAAGGUAGCUUUGCAUACUUACCCAUCCAUGGCAAGUACACAAAUGUUUUUUUUUCCCACGUUUGGCUAAAGUCUUGGCUUUGGAUUUGACAGAAACGAUGUAAGAUGGCAGCCGAGUGGUUGUGAGUAGCACUGAUAAAAGUCCAAAAACUAUUUGGUUGAGAUCUGUAAUCAUUCUGAACAUCACAUCACUUUUCUUUGUAAAAUGUCACAGUGCUGUUACACUUGAUCAAUCACCAUGGGCUAAUUAGUUGUCUGCAUUUGACCCAUUUAACUACUUAGAAGCAGUGGGCAGCCACCGUGUGGUGCCCAACUCGAAGUUCUGAGGUCUGUGCCUUGAUCAAGGGCAGUGGACAGCAUGUUUUGGUUUUUCGGUAUACUUUAUUGAUCCCGUGGGGGAAUUCUUCUCUGCAUGCACCCCAUGCUAGCUGUGUAGCGAGCAGCAGUGGGCAGCCGCCGUGCAGCGCCCGGGGACCACCUCCAGUUGGUCUUGCCCUGCUUCGGUCAGGGGCACAGACAGGAGUAUUAACCCUGACAUGCGUGUCUUUCUGAACGUGGGAAAACCGGAGCACCUGGAGGAAACCCACUACAGACACGGGGACAACAUGCAAACUCCGCAGAGGACGACCCAGGAUGACCCCCAAGGUUGGACAACCCCGGGGUUCGAACCCAGGGCCUUCUUGCUGUGAGGCAACAGCACUAACCACUGGGCCAAUGUGCAGUAAUCAGAAUGUUCUGUUGUUAUUAGACGUGUUGAUGGGCAACAACAAUAACACAAUCAAUAAUACAGU